GGCCGCAGUAGUAGACUCUUCGGUCUCCUGAUCAGUCGCCGUGCGCUGUGCGGGUUCGAGUCCCGUCCCAGGAGAAAUUUUUCUCUUGGCUAUGGAUGUUGUGAUUGUCCGUAGGUGGUAGAUGGUCUCUGACUGUCGAACGCGGAGGUACCACCCGGCGGUUCUCGUAGGCGGAGCCAGAAUGUGUGCAUGUUGCAUGCACACGUGUUCCCUCGCCAGAGUCCGUGGCGUUCCCCUUUCCCCUGUAUCUCCUUAUAGCCCCACGGUACCCAAUGGGUACCAGGGUUGGUGGUGCAUAACUAAAUGCUGCAGCCAAAAAAUUAGAUACACCCUCCCCCACUCCUACCAGACCCAACCCCCGAUUGUUAACCCCGACAGAUUUUUAUCAUUAUCCGGAGUUUCUAAGACGUCAAAAAACAAAGUGUGGAUGAUUUUUUACUUUUUCUGUUUUUGCCCUCCACGCAGCGACCACUGGAAUAAUUUUUAA